AUGAUUAGAUUGCUAUUUUUUGUUCAUAUAAGUAAAGUAUAUCUUGAAAAAAAAAUCUACUACACGAAUAGCUGGGCUGCCCACAUUGUCGGCUCGCCCGAGGAGGCUUACAAGAUUGCAGAGAGACACGGAUUUAUCAGCCUGGGCAAGAUUUUUCCAGAUGAUAAUUACUACCACCUGAAGCACAGGGCAGUAGCUCAGACGUCUCUCAGGGAGCACAGCAGCCACAAUGUGCGAUUGAAAAAGCACCCAAGGGUUCGCUGGUUUGAGCAGCAGACUGUAAAAGUCCGGAAGAGAAGAGAUUCUAUCAACCAGAAGACCGACCCCAUGUUCAAUCAGCAGUGGUACCUGAGCAAAGGCUUUAAUCUGAAUGUGCUGUCUGCCUGGGAGCGAGGCUAUUCAGGGAGGGGGGUUGUGGUCACAAUACUGGACGAUGGUAUUGAGAAGAAUCACCCUGACCUCGCUGCUAAUUAUGACCCUGAUGCUAGCUAUGACAUCAAUGACAAUGAUCCGGACCCCCAGCCUCGUUACACAGACAACGAUGAGAACCGGCACGGGACACGCUGCGCUGGGGAGGUCGCUGCUGUCGCCAACAACGGCGUGUGUGGAGUCGGGGUGGCGUUCCGCGCUGGCAUUGGAGGUGUGCGCAUGCUAGACGGCCAUGUGACUGACAUUGUGGAGGCUCGCUCCCUCAGCUUGAACCCUCAGCACAUCCACAUCUACAGCGCCUCCUGGGGGCCAGAGGACAACGGCAAGACCGUGGACGGGCCAGGCAGGCUGGCUAGAGAGGCUUUCCUCCGGGGCAUCACUUACGGGCGGGGCGGCCUGGGCUCCAUCUUCCUUUGGGCCUCAGGGAACGGGGGGUUCCGCUACGACAACUGCAACUGCGACGGCUACACCAACAGCAUGUACACGCUGUCUGUGGGCAGUGCCACUCAAAGGGGAACCGUGCCCUGGUACAGCGAAGCCUGCUCCUCCACCCUCACCACCACCUACAGCAGUGGCAGCCAGCACGACCGCAAGAUCAUCACCACGGACAUUCGGCAGCGCUGCACAGAUCAGCACACAGGGACCUCUGCGUCUGCCCCGCUGGCUGCUGGGAUUGUUGCUCUGGCACUGGAGGCAAACCCCACUCUGACCUGGAGGGACAUGCAGCACCUGGUGAUCCGAGCCUCCCGGCCAGCAGAGCUGCAGGCCAGUGACUGGGUCACCAACGGAGUGGGGCGCCCUGUUAGCCACCAUUACGGGUACGGUCUGUUGGAUGCUGGGAAGCUGGUGGACCUGGCCAGGAAUUGGGAGGCGGUUCGACCUCAGAGGAAGUGCUUCAUCGAGGUGGUCAGAACCCCCCUGACGAUCCCGGGGAGGCUGGUGAUUAGCAGGAACGUGUCGGCGUGCGCAGGGACUCCAGACUGGAUCCGCUCCCUGGAACACACGCAGGCACGCCUCUCCCUGACCUACAGCCGGCGGGGAGACCUGUCCAUCACACUGACCAGCCCACGAGGGACGCGCUCCACUCUCGUCGAGAUCAGGCCGUUUGACAUGUCGACUCUGGGCUAUAGUGACUGGUCUUUCAUGACGACACACUCCUGGGACGAGGACCCCAGGGGCCUGUGGACCCUGGAGCUGCUGAACAAGGGGGAUUACAGGAACACAGGCAUCCUGACACGCUUCCUGCUGGAGCUGUACGGGACGGACGAGAAUGUGAUGGCCCGCCGUGUGGAGAGCAGCGUGGUGCACGAUUGCAAGGUCUGGAGUCUGCAGGGGGGCUGCAGAGAAUGCCAGCACCCCUUGUAUGUCUUCAACCACCUCUGCCUGGUCUCCUGCCCUCCCCACCACUACGAGUGGACCCAGAUCCUCAACAGCACCCCGAUCCGGUUGUGUCGUGCCUGUCACCCCACCUGCUACACUUGUCGGGGUAGCGGAGCCCACAACUGCACGGGCUGCCCGUCCUUCUCCGCCUUCGACUCCGAGAAGGGCGGCUGCCUCCCGCCUGUGUACCCAAAAUACCUGGACAUGCAGGAAGAGGCUGUGUCCACAGGGGGGCUGCAGCGCAUGGCAGCCGUGGCAGGGAUCAUCGUGGGCAUUCCCCUGGCGACCUUCUGCCUGAUGUGGGCAGCUUCCUGGCUGCUGGCCCGCCUCCCCGCUCCCUCCAGCGCCCUGCCAGCCAGCGAGGUGGGCGGAGGCACGGAGAUGGUGCGGCUGCACAUCCCCAGCGAGGACGAGGCAGGGGGCAGUGAGAGCGAGGCGCUCAACCUGGGGGUCCAGAGGGACAUUUGA